AUGGUUGUCAACGACGAAUCCAUCAAAAUCCGUCCGCUGGAGUAUACUCCAGUGGAAACCAUCCAGAAGAAAGUCGCUGUAGCUAGAGACGCUUUCUAUGACUCCAAAACCCGUUCGGUGGAGUUCCGCAAACUCCAGCUCCGAAAGCUAUACUGGGCCAUCCACGAUAAUCAAGAUCGCAUGUGUGAAGCGCUGGCGCGUGACAUGGGGAGACCCUCGUACGAAACUCAACUAGCCGAGGUCGUCUGGCUACUAGGAGAAAUUUUGUUCACUUUGAAGAAUCUCGACAAAUGGCUCAAAGAUGAGUCCGCACCUGAUGUUCCUUUGAUCUGGAAGCCAUUGGCACCCAAGAUCCGUAAAGAUCCCAUGGGCACUGUGUUGGUUAUCGGUGCAUGCAAUUACCCUUUUCAACUUACACUAUCUCCAAUGAUCGGUGCUAUCGCGGCCGGUAAUACCGUAGUGAUCAAACCCAGUGAGCAGCCCGUCCACGCGGCUCAGGUUACGCAGGAGAUUGUCGAGUCUGCGUUGGAUCCUUCCUGCUACACCGUGGUGCAGGGUGCAGUCACUGAAAUGCAGGCCCUUUUGGCCGAGAAGUGGGACAAGAUUUUCUUCACUGGUAGCCAGACUGUCGGUCGCAUCGUUUCUAAGGCUGCUGCUCCGCAUAUGACUCCUGUGGUUUUGGAGCUGGGAGGAUUGAACCCUGCUAUUGUUACGCGUCAUGCCGAUCCUCGUAUCGUGGCUCGUCGACUGCUGUGGGCCAAGACCAUCAAUGGUGGACAGACCUGCACAGCUCAGAACUACAUUCUUGUCGAGAAAUCAUUGUUGCCUGCAUUGGUCGACGAGCUGAAGAAGGCUUACAAGUCGUUCUAUCCCAGCGGUAGCAGCAAGGGCCCUGAUUUCACCCGUGUCGUCAAUGAGAAGGCUUUCCAGCGCCUCAAAGCUAUGAUAGACAACAGCAAGGGCAAAAUCAUCAUGGGUGGAGAGGUCGACGAAAAGGAACGAUACAUCGAGCAAACUUUCAUUGAAGUCGACUCCAUCGAAGACUCGAUGGUCAUCAACGAAGCUUUCGGUCCUAUUUGUGCCGUCAUGACCGUCAACAGUGUCGAGGAGGCUAUUAGUCUUGCUCGCAAAGUCCAAGACACCACCCUCGGCGUCGCCGUCUUCGGCAACUCCUCAGACCACCAGAAAGUCAUGGCCGGCCUUCGGUCAGGAAGUGUAUCCCUGAACGAUGCUCAACCACACGUCAAUACCCUUGCCUUUGGUGGUGUCGGCGAAAGUGGUACUGGUGCCUAUCGCGGCCGCUCCAGCAUUGAUGUCUGGACUCAUAGCCGUCCGUACACCAACACCCCCAAGUGGAUGGAAUCUCUGCUCGAUAUUCGUUACCCGCCAUACACAUCUAGCAAGUUGCGUAUGCUCCAAUUGUCAAUGGGCACCACGCCAGACUUUGAUCGCGAAGGUCGUCAGAGUCGAUUCACGUGGUUGAAAUACAUCAUUGGAGGAACACCAACAUCAGCUGCGACUCGUGUUGCUGCUUAUGCCGUCAAUGAUCAAUCCACCACUACCAAUGGUACCAAUGGCACUGUCAAUGGCACUACCAAUGGCACUAUCAGUGGUGACACCAAUGGCGAUUCGCAAGCCAAAUGA